AUACUUCCAAACCAAAAACACCCACUAGUCUUACCAGAACGAUGGGCAAUUGUUUCUCGGUACAAUUUAGUUUCGAGAAUAUCCUCAUUCGUGGCUGGGAUUCCAUUGCUGGGCAUGCUAAUUACGUACGCAAGCUUAAACAAACUCUUCCUGCAUUGUCUGCUGCUCUUGAAGAGCUGAGGGUGGAAAAGAAUGACGUGCAACGGGAGGUUGAUCUGGCCGAACAGCGACAACUGAAGCGACUCGAUCUAGUUCAGCUAUGGCUUUCAAAAGCGGCAACUAUGAUAACAAUGUCGGAAAAUUUGAUUGCAGAUGGCCCUCGAGAAGUAAACAACUUGUGUCUCGGCGGCUGCACUUCCAAGACUUGCCUGUCUAGCUAUAAGUUCGGGAAAAAAGUGGCCAUAGUGCUUCAAGAAAUAAAUGAUCAUAUCAAUAAAGGAGCUUUUGAGAAGGUAGCUGUGAAUCAGCCUGCAGCUUCAGUGGCAUUAAGACCUGAGGAGCGGCCAAUUGCUCUUGAAUCCACACUCGACAAGGUAUGGAGCAGCAUCGUCGACAAAGAUGUGGGGAUCAUUGGCCUAUACGGCAUAGGAGGCGUUGGAAAGACAACACUCUUGACCCAAAUCAACAACAAAUUCAGCACCACGCCUAAUGAUUUCAAUGUCGUAAUUUGGACGUUGGUGUCUAAAGAUUACAAUGUUGAAAAGAUUCAAGAGAGGAUUGGUGGGAAAAUUGGUUUUCCGAAUGAAUGCUGGAAGAAUAAAAGUGUUGACCAAAAAGCAGAGGAUAUUUAUGGAGUCUUGCACAACAAGAAAUUUGUUUUAUUAUUGGAUGAUUUAUGGGAGAGGGUCGAUUUGAAUAAAGUUGGGAUUCCAAAACCAAGCCAAGAAAAUGGUUCCAAACUUAUUUUCACUACUCGAUCGUUUGAGGUUUGCGGUGAAAUGGAAGCUCGAAAGAAAAUUAAAAUGGAGUGUCUGGAACCAGAAGAGGCUUGGAAAUUGUUCCAAGACAAGGUUGGAGAUAAAACACUCAAUAGCCAUCCAGAUAUCCCGAAACUAGCUGAACAAGCGGCCAAAGAGUGUGGUGGGCUGCCUCUUGCACUGAUUACAAUCGGUCGUGCCAUGGCAUGUAAGACAAUACCUGGGGAAUGGAAAUAUGCAAUCGAGAAGUUGAAGCGAUCAGCGUUACCCAAAAUGAAAAAUGAGGUAUUUCCGCUUUUAAAAUUCAGUUAUGAUAAUUUGACUCCCACAAUGAAAUGUUGCCUCCUAUACUGUUGUCUGUAUCCUGAAGAUCAUAAUAUUCCAACGAAAACAUUAGUGGAGUAUUGGUUUUGUGAAGGGUUUUUGAAUGAAUUUGAUAGAAUUAGUGAAGCUCAAAUGCAAGGAGUCCAUAUUAUCAAUUCUCUUCUUAAUGCAUGCUUAUUGGAAAGAGCAGAAGAAUCAUUUUAUAGAGAAGAAUAUGUGAAGAUGCAUGAUGUGAUCCGUGACAUGUGUUUGUGGAUAACAUGUGAACUCGAAACAGAAAAGAAUGAUUUUUUUGUGAAAGCAGGGGCUCAGUUAUUUGAAGAGCCAGAUGUUAAGGCAUGGGAAGGGGCAAAAAGAAUGUCGGUGAUGCAAAAUCAUAUUAAAAUUCUCAGAGAAACACCUAAAUGCCCUAACCUUCGAACUUUGUUUCUUAGAAAAAAUGAGUUGCAGGUCAUCAGCAAUGGAUUCUUUCAGUUUAUGCCACAUCUGACUGUUUUGAACUUGUCAGAAAACGAUGGCUUACACGUAUUGCCCGAGGGGAUUUCACAAUUGGCUUCGCUAGAAUGUCUUGAUCUAUCCGGGACUGGUAUAACAGAGUUGCCCAUAGGGUUGAAAUCCUUGACAAAACUGAAAAUGUUGGACUUGAAUCACAUGGUGCAUCUCAGAAGAAUCCCACGGAAUUUGAUAUCUAGUUUUUCGAAGCUGCAGAUAUUCAGGAUGUGGUAUCUGCUAAGCGGAGAUUAUCCGAAGGAAGACAAUGUUCUGGAUGGUGGUAAUAAUGAAAAGCUUAUAGAGGAAUUGAAAUGUCUGCAACAUCUGAAUAUACUAAGGCUACCACCGAUACAAAGCAUGAUUGCUCUAGAAAGCUUUCUAAGCCUGCACUUGCUUCGAUGCUGCACCGAAGCACUAGAGUUGUGGUAUUUUAGGGAGUCAAAUGUGUUUAAUGUUUUAUGUUUAGAGAACAUGGAGCGUCUAGAGAGAUUAGAUAUCAUGGGAUGUGAAAACAUGGAGGAAAUGAAAAUGGGAGAACUGCAUAUCAGGUUCUCUCUGAUUGCAGAUUAUACUUCACGUUUUCACGCAUUGAGAGAAGUUGCAAUUUCGUUUUGUCACAAACUGAAGGACGUUACCUGGCUGAUUCUUGCUCCGAAUCUAAGGUCGAUUUCGCUAUCGCAUUGUGCGAAAAUGGAAGAAAUAUUAAGCGAGGGAAGAGUAGGAGAAGUUGCAGAUGUGGUCGGAAUUCUAUACCCUGCACCAUUUCUGAAGCUUGAAAUUAUUUUUCUUUGUGAACUACCAGAACUGAAGAGCAUACACUGGGAUGCACUACCCUUCCCAUGUCUGAAAAGCAUUUCCAUAUACGACUGUCCAAAACUGAAGAAGCUUCCUGUCAAUUCUGACAGCCAAAAAGUGAAUCACAUCAGCAUUGAGGGAAGCCAAGAUUGGAGGGCAGAGCCAGAAUGGGAGAAUGAAGCCACUCCACAUGCUUUUCUGCCUCUUGAUGGAUGAUAUGCACGUAAUUCU